UGUUUUUGUCAAUUGCUCUUUGGAGCUUCGCUGGCGGAGUCGAGAAUCGCGCGGAAAAUGUCCAUUAACAAAUAGUAAAUUCCGAAAUAGAGACAAAGAGUUAGCUCGCGGUAAAGGGAACACAGCACCUGUGCUUUUGGAAUCGAAAACCAGUGCGGACGCCACCCACGGCUAAGUGUUGUUGUUGUUAUUGUUGCAAGGCCGAAGGAGCGAAAAGAGAGGCCGAAAAAAAGAAUCUGUGCUAACAAAAACAAAGGUCCCCAGCCCGAGUCUGCCAUGAGCCGUCUCCUGGAGAAGCCCAACAUAACCAUGUCCAUCAAGUCCACGGGUAGUCAGCUCUCGAGCACGAUGACCACGUCCUCGGCGACGUUGUCCUCGGACCUGGACGAUGCGGAGACAUCGCGCACCCAGCUGAGCCCAUCCGAGACAUCAGGGGCAAUCUCCGUACCCGCCACUACAGUCACACCCAUGCGCCAGAAAAUCGACCAGGUGGUGAUCAGUCUGAUAUCCGGAGCAGCGGCGGGGGCGCUGGCCAAGACGGUCAUCGCCCCGUUGGACCGCACCAAGAUAAACUUCCAGAUCCGCAACGAUGUUCCCUUCUCGUUCCGAGCCUCGCUGCGCUACCUGCAAAACACCUAUGCCAACGAGGGCGUUUUGGCCCUGUGGCGGGGGAACUCGGCCACGAUGGCCAGGAUUGUGCCCUACGCAGCCAUACAGUUCACGGCCCACGAGCAGUGGCGUCGCAUCCUGCAUGUGGACAAAGACGGCUCCAACACAAAAGGUCGUCGGUUUUUGGCUGGCUCCCUGGCAGGAAUCACCUCGCAAUCGUUGACGUAUCCCCUGGACCUGGCCCGCGCCCGCAUGGCCGUCACGGAUCGGUAUACUGGCUAUCGCACCCUGCGACAGGUCUUCACCAAGAUCUGGGUGGAGGAGGGUCCGCGGACGCUGUUCCGUGGCUACUGGGCGACUGUUCUUGGAGUGAUUCCCUAUGCGGGCACCUCAUUCUUCACCUACGAGACUCUCAAGCGGGAAUACUAUGAAAUGGUCGGCAAUAAUAAACCCAAUACUCUAGUCUCCCUGGCCUUCGGUGCUGCGGCUGGUGCCGCUGGACAAACGGCCAGCUAUCCAUUGGAUAUUGUGCGGCGAAGAAUGCAGACAAUGCGGGUGAACACGGCUGCCGGAGAUCGGUACCCAACCAUCCUGGAGACUCUCGUCAAGAUCUAUCGCGAGGAGGGCAUCAAGAAUGGUUUCUACAAGGGACUCAGCAUGAACUGGAUCAAGGGACCCAUUGCCGUGGGCAUCAGCUUCUCCACCUACGAUCUGAUCAAGGCGUGGCUAACGGAGCUGGCCAACUUGAGACGGGUUGAGAAAUAGCCCUGCCCCUGCCCCCUCCCCCAGUCACCCAUAAACACCAAACCAAAAACGCACUGCUUUGAUCUUAAGUCUCGUGAUCGAUGGAUGAGUUGAGGAGAUAGAAGUGAAGCACCGACAUGCUCUAAUUGUUAGAUAUUUUUAGCUGUUAGUUGUGAGGGAAGGAAGCGAUGAAGUGAAGACACCCGAAAGCGCUUAACUUUGUUAUUUACCGUAAUUGAUUUAUUAUCGCCGUAAGCCGAAAGUAUAUCAGCCAAUAAACUGUCUGAAUAGUGACUCGCCUGGCAAUUACUGCUCCCCAGGACCUCGUAUUCAAUGGUGUUGCUUUGACAAUAACCUAAUCGUACACACCACUCGUUUACUUAUAGACUUAUCAUAGCGAUUUACCAGAACAUUUUGUAUAUUGUGUAUUUCCAAAUCGAUGUCAAGCCGCUGCGACUGUAAAAAUAGCCAUGAAUUUAAGGGUGUUCACCAGCGAAAACAUCUUAAGCAUAUACUAUAUAAUUCUUGUACGUUAGUGUGUUUUUUAUUAUUAAAAUUUACAAAAUUGUUUAAA